UCUCGAGGAUGUGUACUUCCAGCUUAAAGUGGUGGUCUUUCGAGUACAAAAGCACUUUCUCUACACUAUGUUCGACCUCGCCUGAGUUCAAGUUCUCGAAAUGGCUACUUCAAUUCCGCCAGUUUUCAGUGAAGGUGUAGGAUAUGGAAUUAUCGUUGGGUUAGGCGCUGCGUUUGCCCUGGGCAUGGGUGCUGUUUCGUGGGGUCUGGAGCGAUACUUCGCCGAAGUACAAACCUCUGAAAUGUUCAUGACUGCAAAGCACUCCGUGAAGACGGGCUUGACUGCGUCUGCUGUCGUCUCAUCCUGGACGAUUGCAGCCACUUUACUGACCUCAACUACAGAGGGAUAUUUGUACGGCGUAUCGGGACCAUUCUGGUAUGGCGCUGGAGCAUCCGUACAGAUUUUGCUUUUCUCUGUCGCUGCAAUCGAGUUGAAACGAAAAGCUCCAAAUGCACAUACUUUUCUCGAGGUGGCCCGCACCAGAUAUGGCGCUGGAGCCCACAUCACUCUGGGGUGCUACUCGUUAUUUUAUCAAAUCAUUCAAGCUGUCAAUCUCCUUGUUGGAGGUUCCACGGUCUUCUCGGCCUUGACAGGCAUGAAUCGAGAUGCUGCUUGUUUUCUUUUUCCUCUUGGUGUUAUGUUUUACACGCUUCUAGGUGGAAUCAAAGCGACAUUCUUGACCGACUGGGCUCAUACCGUGGUAAUUUACGUGAUUAUGCUGACCGCACUCUUCACUGUAUACACCACUUCGAAUGUAGUAGGAUCCACAGACAAGAUGUUUGAGCUCCUUCAAACAGCUGCCCAGCUUCAUCCAGUCGAGGGGAAUGCAGACGGAUCAUACUUGACAAUGAGAAGUCAAGGAGGUGGAUACAUUGGAUUGAUAUUUGUAGGAGCCGGGUUCGCAGCUGCUGUGGACUCUCAAUUAUUUCAAAAGGCAAUUGCUGCUGAUCCAUCGUCAACCUUAGCAGGAUAUUUAAUUGGAGGGUCCAGCUGGUUCACCAUCCCUUUCGUACUUGCAACGACAUUUGGCUUGACAGCUGCCGCGACCGAACAUUUGCCAAGCUUUCCCACGUACCCCAAUCGCAUGACUUCGGCAGAGGUGUCAACUGGAUUGGCGAUGCCUUAUGGAGCUUUGGCAGUGAUGGGCAAGGGUGGAGGCGUUGCCGUUCUCCUGAUGGCUUUCAUGGCGGUCACCUCAGCGAUGUCAUCAGAAACAGUGGCCACUGCAGCGCUCCUCACCUAUGAUUUCUAUCAAGCUUACAUAAAUCCACAAGCCACUGGAGAGCAACUUGUGAGAUUUUCUCAUUACGUUGUGGUCGGAUUUGGCUUGUUUGCCUCGGCCAUCGCGGUGGGGUUCAAUCACGCGGGCUUCUCAGUCACCUUUCUCGUUACCGCCAUUGGCAUCAUCGUGGACUCCGCUAUUAUACCUAUGGCGUGCACGCUCAUGUGGAAGAAACAGUCCAAAGCAGCUGUCAUUUUGUCACCUCUAAUCUCAUCCACAGCUGCCAUUGCUGCAUGGCUAGCAACGGCAUACACUCACUUCGGGUCCGUCACCAUCGCCACUACCAGCGAGAACUUACCACUGGUCGCUGGGAACAUGAUGUCCCUUGGUGGACCGAUUGUCUUGACUCCAUUGAUUACUUAUCUCAGACCAGACAAUUAUGAUUGGCAUCUUCUCAAGAACAUCAAGCAAGCGGAUGAUGCAGACAUAACACCUGUCGUACUUCCAACGAUGCCAAGCGCAUUGGCAGCUGAUGAAGCUCUUGCUACCAAAGAGGAAAUAGACGAUAGUGUUCUUCUGCGAGCAAGGAAGUGGUCCAUCAUUGCAAGCAUAUUCUUAACCUUGGCUUACUUGAUUCUCUGGCCGAUUCCGAUGUAUGCGACAAGUUACGUGUUUUCAGAAGGAUUCUUCAAGGGCUGGAUCGUCGUCGUCUUUCUUUGGGCCUUUUAUGCUAGCUCUGUCAUCACUCUAUUGCCAUUGUGGGAAGGACGACAUUCGAUUGCAUCCUUUGCACUGUUCACUUUUGGAAUUCGGAGUAAGAAGUCGAAGACCAAUGGCGAGUUUAUCGAGGGACUUAGGACGGACUCUCUACUUGAGAAUAAUCCUAAGGUGGACGAGAAGACAACCGAUGUUGAGAUGAAACAAACAGGGUGAAGGUUGGGGGUGCAUAGGUGAUCUGAUAUGAUUCUUGUCAUCAAGAACAUCUUGGUACACUACUCUUCACGGAUCAAACUACUUGAAAUUAGAUCGUGUUGCCGUCUGAUAAUCGGAUGAAUA